CCUCAUGAUCUUAGGGCCAAUCUCAUGAUUUUGGGGUCUAAUUCACGAUCGCUAACCCUUGGGCUUUGCCCUGUUGCUCCCUGCCCCCCCAGGCUGGACCCGGCCGUGAGGCUGUCAACCCUGGAUGUCUCCCACCUCGACCUGAUGAACGAGAUGUGGCCCUAUCAGGGGAACAAGUACAGCAAGAGGUUCCUGGAAAGCCUGAUCCACUGCUUCCCCAGCUUCUACCUCCUCAAUUCCGUUUACCGCCUUGUCAGCUGGACUGUUUCAGACCCAUAUGGCGCAUUGGGGCGUAGGUUCACUCUCCCCCAGCACCGGGGAUGUGGUUACAAUGGGGUGCUGAAUAAUUUGAUUGCCAAGCGGUUGCACGCACUAGGCUCUCCCAGCUAUGGCCAUGUGGCUGCGGACAACUACCCCAUGCAGAGGCUGCAGGAGAGGCAGGGCUUCCACCGCCAGCCCAGCCUGUGCCACUUCAUCCUCCACAAUGCAGCACUGCAUAGACCCCCCACGUUAACCCGCAGCCCAGCACCGGGCACACCCAGGCUAGGGCUAAGGGAAGCCAAGGGAUGGGGGUGCGGGAGUCUGGGGAUCAGUGUUAUACCUAGUGGACCCAGUAACAUCUCCCAGCUCCAGCCUCACAUGGAAUCUGCUACCCCCAGCUCCAAAGGCCUUGCCCUUCCCCACAGCCCUGUACUAGCUUUACAGGGUCUGUCCUACUCUUCCAAGCCCCAUAACCUGCCCUCCUUGGUGGACCCUAUCCCCCCAGACCCAUACACACAGCACCCCUGUCCCACUUUCCCUACACUGCCCCAUCCCAAUUCCUCUUCCAGACACAACAGCAACGGCUCAAUGAUCUUCCACCCAAUCAAGUUACAUGCUCACCAGUCUCCUGCAUCUGCUCUGCUCUUUCUCCCCUGCUUUCCCUGGGAUAGCCUGCUCAGCGUAGUGCAUCUCUAA